CGCAUUUCCACUAGGCAGGAGGGAGGGCGAAGUAAACCGAGGAGACCCGUCGGAGUAGAGAGAGUGUGGAGUGUGUGAGGAGGAGGUGGUGUGUGUCACAGUAGAGCUCCAGACUCCAGCGAGAGGCAACUUGGCCGGGGUGAUCAGUGCGCGCCGUGGUGGUGGAGCAGAGACCGCUUCAGAGCGCAGCUCACACUGGACUGUGGAUGAACCUUGACUGAAACGCCCGAACCACUAAUGGACUGCUAGAGAGCAGAGGAGGAGGCAAAAAAGGCUCCGGAGCGGACCCCGGAGGAGAAGCUCAUGCAGAGGGGGGAAAGUUACCAACUGUGGAGAUGUAUUAAAUGAGAGUUCAUAAACUGCUCGGAGCAUUCAGAGUGAUCUCUGUUUAGCUGGAUGGUAUUAUAGACGAAUCUCAGUGCGCUUGUCCGUCCAGCUAAUCCUGAUCCUGGUGCCGCGGUCGCACACACGGAGCAAGAACCGAACUACGCAACACAGUCCGCGGCCAGGGUUACUAAAAUGCCAUCUCUAUACCUCAUCUUUUGCCUUACGGUCACAGCAGCCACCCAAGCGGCCUACUUCUCCCAGCAGCCCCAGGACCAGGUGGUGGUGGCCGGUCAGUCCGUGACUCUGCCUUGUAUCAUCGUGGGCUACAGAGGAAUGGUGCAGUGGACCAAAGAUGGACUGGCGCUGGGUGGAGAGAGAGACCUACCAGGCUGGGCACGGUAUUCCUUAAUGGGCGACCCGCUAUCAGGCGAGCACAGCUUGCAGAUCGAUUCAGCAGAGUUGGCGGAUGACGCGGUGUAUGAGUGUCAGGCUACACAGGCGGGGCUGCGCUCCCACCGUGCCAAGCUCACUGUACUAGUUCCUCCCUCUGACCCCGUGGUGGAGGGUGGCCCUGUUGUGCGGCUGAAGGCCCACACAGCACACAACCUCACCUGCAGAGCCUCGGGAGCCAAACCUGCUGCUGAGAUCACCUGGUACAGAGAUGGAGAGGUCAUGGAGAAUGUGUUUUACUCCAAGGCUCCAAUGGAAGACGGGAAGAGGGAGACAGCUGUCAGUUUGCUUCCAAUCAUUCCUGAAGAUAGUGACUCCGGACGUACCUACACCUGCAGGGUUCUCAACCCAGCUGCCCCGGCCGGCCGACAGAUAUCAGUCACUAUCAAUGUCCAGCACCCUCCGUCAGUGACACUAUCAGUCCAACCUCAGACUGUAACCGAGGGAGCUAAGGUUCUGUUCAUCUGCUCGGCCUCAGCCAACCCUGAGAUCACCGGAUACAGGUGGUCAAAAGGAGGAGAGCCCAUCUCAGAAGCAAACGGGGACAGCCUUGAGGUGACAGUGGACUAUUCCUACUUCACUGAUCCUGUCUCCUGUGAAGUGUCCAACUCCGUGGGGAGCACAAAUGUCAGCACUCUGGUUGAUGUGCAAUUCGGGCCCAGACUGCUGUCGGAGCCAAAGCCGAUGACGGUGGACAUAGGGAUGGAUGCAGCCUUCACUUGUGCCUGGACUGGAAACCCCCCGCUGACCCUGGCUUGGACAAAACAAGGCUCCAGUGUGGUGCUCAGUAACGGUAAUACCCUGCAGCUGAAGGCUGUUGCUCAGGAAGACGCUGGGACUUACACCUGCAAGGCCAUUGUUCCCCGUAUCGGAGUUGCAGAAAGAGAUGUCACUCUAACAGUGAACGGUCCACCUAUCAUCACGGCAGAGCCAACACAGCAUGCUGUCAAGCACUCAAAGGGAAAGCUGGAAUGCCGGGUGGAAAGCAGCCCUCCACCUGAUAAGAUUGUGUGGACCUUUGGAGACGUGACUCUGUCUUCCGGCUCCUCUGGACGGUACUCGGUGCAGACUGUGACGAGCGACCACAGUGUCUUGUCCUCCCUGGUGCUAUCUGAGACUCUGGCGCAGGAUUUCCAAAUGCGCUACAACUGCACAGCUUGGAACCGCUUCGGUACCGGCAACGCCCUGGUGACGCUGAGAGAACAAGAGGCCCUGCCUAUGCUGUUAAUUGUUGGUGGAUCAGUGGGUGGAGGCUGUGUCCUGCUCAUCUGUGUCAUCACGCUGGUCUCCCUCUGCUGCAGGCACACAGGCAAAGGUGAGCUCAAUGGUAAGAGGUGCACUCGUCUUUCCAAGAGUGACAUCAGAGUUCAGAUCGUUCAUAGCGAUCACAACGCUACACGUGGCAAUGAUGAUGAGGAGGAUGUCAAAGAACCCAUGGCUCCCAACAGCAGCGAGUCUCCAGGGACAUCGCGCACAGAGCACAGCGACCUCUUGGAGGAGGAGGAAGACGAAAGAUCGGACAUCAAGGACCCCACUAACGGAUACUACAACGUCCGCGGCCACGACGACCGCCACAUCCGCAGCAGUGGAUUCUCCGAGUACGUCCCUAACUCCCGGCCGGUCUACACUCCAUCGCAGCUGCCCUCCCCCAGUCCCGUGUACGGUCAGCAAGGCACCCAGCCCCGCGUCUACGAGUUCUCGCAAAGAUACGCCACCAACACAGUGAGCAGAUCCUCGUACGAACAGCCGCAAGCUGCCCAGCAGCAGCCGGCCCAGCCCGCCAGCAUAUAUCCCACCGAUCCCCUCUACAGCGGCUCUGCUUACCUACCUACCAAUACCUACGGCCGUGCCUUCACCAGCUACGUUAAGCCCGCUUCCUACGAGAAGGUGGACGCGUACGACCAAUCAGAUCAGGCCAGCAAGGUGUCGAGCUCUUCUCGCUUCUCUUAUGCCUCCUCACAAGUGUCCUCCCAGCAGUCUGACUACGGCCGGCCCUCACAACGCAUGCAGACUCACGUCUGAGUUCAAAAAGUGAAGUUGGAGGAGAAGUGAGAAAUGAAAAGCCACUUCCACAUACAUUUGUGGUUGGACUAACUAACUCAUGCAGCCCUGCAAGGACUCGCUUGGACAGUAUUCGGAGGGAGUCGGGAUUCAAGUUAUGGAGUAACCAACUUGUGAUGGCUACUAGGAUUUACAAAAAUGUUACGCGCAGGAAGAUUUCAACAGAUUGUCAUGUUCAAGUUAAAGAUGUGAUGAACCGUAGUAUGAUACCUCACCAGGUCGUCUCUACACGAUGACCACCCAAAUGUUCUCUAAGUGAAAGGGGCCAACUAAAAUAUAAAUCAAAAGCAUGUCCUGAAUUUAGGUGGCCAAAAUAACUGGGGCAACUGUUUACCUGCAUUCCAGAGUUUACUUUGACUCAACACUCAAUGUCAAACAUUGACUUAUUAAAUACUUUGAAAUAAGACAUGGCAAAAGCUAAGACUUAUUUGAGGAGAAAAAAAAAACACAAAAAACACAAAAAAAAGGAUAUGAACAGCCUUUUGUUGUCUGUCAUUUGGUGUCUUGUUGGCAUGCGAAAGGAAUUCUAAGCACAUUUGUGUCCAUCAUCAACAAAAGACUGAGCUAUCCACAGAGACAGGCAUGAACUACACUGCACAACAUGCUGGCUGCACCGACCAACAAGUGCUCCAGGCGCUGUUCUGUAUGAAAGUAAUCGGCAGCGGAAGUCUUGUGGCCGGAGCCGUGUUCCCGGAGCAUCCGCAGAGAACAAGCGUUUCAUGCUUCGGAUAUUAGCUGUGUUGCUCGCCAGUGGAUAAGAGGAGGAGAUCUGAAGAGAAUGUUUAUUUAGCCUUCAUUUUAAUGGAGGACUGUUAACAGUUAUGGCCAUGAAAUCCCAAAGAUGGUGUUAACCAUAAUGAGGAAAAUGGGGGCUAAUGUGGAAAUUCUGCUGUAGUACCCCUUGCGAUGUUUUCUGCUGUGUUUUUCUGAUUGUAAAAUGAAGAUUAGGAUAUUAACCAGAACAAUCAAAAGUGAUGUUUGGAAAAAAUGAUGGCAAUCUUGAACUGAAAUAAACUUGAAUGCGGCAUCAAAUUCAGCAGGCUCAGGUGGGGUAUAAGGUCUUAAAGGCAGUCCCAACGCGGACCAUUCACUCAAGUUUUACAACUCAAAUUGUCUCAAAAUGUUUACAAGAAACAGUACUACCCUGAAACUUUAUCUGUACAAAUGGCUCAGCCCAUACUUUCUCUCUGUUGCAUGCAAAUGAUGUGUCUUGUGAAACUCUUCAGCGUUUAUAUUCAUGUCCAUUUCAUGUUUGAGACGUCGGUUUCUGCACCUGAUCCUGUUGCAUUCCACUUCCUGGAUGUUUCAGUAUGGACACCUGUACUGCCAUUGGUCCAUUAAGUCUGUUGCCAGGCAGCCUAACAAGUGAACAGAUUUCACGUAAAGUGAGGAGGCAAACAUCAUCGCUUGUCUUUAUUUUUAUAUUUUAUAUAAGCCUUAAAAGUACAGCGUGUAAGCUGCUCUACUGUAAAGUAUCUUUAUAUACAUAUGUAUCCUUGGUUGAUUUAUUUGGCUCCACAGAUGUUUUCGUGUCUAAGUUGUUCAUCAAUCAUUGAAUGCAGUAACCAUGCUUCUUUUGGAACACAACUAAUUGCCAUUUUUUUUUGUUCUUUUCGUUCAUUUAAUAAUGUAUUAAGAAUUUUAUUUGCUAAAAAUGAGCUAUUGUUGCUUGUACCUUUGUACACAUAUUUAUAUUUAAAUAAACCAUUUCCGAU